AUGCCCCGCUACUCCUUCGAUGACAGCUUUGUACCCAGUGCCGGCGCCAGCCUGGCCUUUGAUCUGCGCUUCAGCGUGUACGAGUACGAGGACAUCUUGGACUCCUCUGCCGGCCCCAGCGCCGCCAGCUUCAUCUCUGACCUCUGGGCCACUGCCAGUGACGCCACCAUCUCCAACAGAAUUGCGCCCAAGACCGAGUACACCGGCUUCGUUCUCCACUUGGUGAGCCUCCUCGCCGUCGCUUCGUGGUGCUUCUGGGCUCUUUUGCCCCAGUCCUGCCUCCACGCCAUCGGUAUCUGGUACUACCCCCACCGCUACUGGGCCUUGCUGCUUCCCUCCUUCGUGCUCGUUCUGAUGCUUUUCGUGUACGUGCUUCUCGCCCUCUACAACACCGAGCUCAAGACCAGGCCCCUUGCCCACUGGUCCAACCUCUCUGACACCUCUGCCCUCGUCUCCAACAGUCCUCACCACCUCUGGGCUCCCACCAACGGCGUCUGGGACUUGCCUCUCUCCCUGGUCUCCCGCAUCCUCUACUCCGACUACGACCACCCUGCUGCCUCUGCUGCCUCUGCUGCUUCUGCUGCUUCUGCUUCCCACGCCAAAAAGAGCCCUGCAAACUGCUCCAGUGCUGAUUGCUAUGCUGACGCGAUAUCCAUCUAG